CUGUCGGGUGACACAAUGAAGCUGUAAUGUGACUUUUCCUACAAUCCCCGCUAAUGAUGGAAUCAGCGGCUCAAACACGCUUGGUGAACAGACAGAUAUUAAAGUGACUUUGGGAUGUUCGCCAUGAGGUGAGGGCCUCGUGAAGUGAAGCUGCAGGAUCUGGGUGUCAAAGAGAGGAGCCAUCAGAACUGGCUACAUUAUGGAGUCAGUUCAUUUGGCUGCUGCAGUCCGGAUGACGGUUCCUCUUCCAGGACGCGCGUCUCCCUCCGCUGCCAUUGGACGAAACACUUUGUCUCGGUGUCUUUCCUAACUUCUCAUUGGAUGCGCGGGUUUGACAGGGAGCAGGAAGGCCGCCCCUCUGCGCCUGGAAAAAAACUCCUCCAGAAGUGAGUAUCAAUCAGCGAGAAGUUAGGGGGACAGAAAGAGAAAAAGAGAGACGCGGAGUGGAAGGACGGAGAGACGCGCAAAGCGGCAGACCGCAUCAAAACUAUCAAUCCUCCCGGACUCGAUCUCAUGCACAGCCAGGAUGGCACAGUCUGCCUUCAAAAGUUUGACGCGGCGUUUCUAGUCACAGUUGGGAUUACUUUGGACAUUUGACUCGGAGGCGAGUCCCGGCUCGGACGGAGAGGGUCUGGCCGAAAGGACGUCGUGCUCCUUCGGCUCACCUGACGACCUGGCUCCCGGCCCCUGUGAACCGUCGCCCCCGGCCUCCAUGGAAGAGAUCCAGGUGGAGCUGCAAUGCGCAGACUUGUGGAAGCGCUUCCAUGACAUCGGCACGGAGAUGAUCAUCACCAAGGCGGGCAGGAGGAUGUUUCCUGCCAUGCGAGUAAAGAUAGCAGGUCUGGACCCUCAUCAGCAGUAUUACAUCGCCAUGGACAUCGUGCCUGUGGACAACAAGAGAUACAGGUAUGUGUACCACAGCUCCAAGUGGAUGGUGGCAGGAAACGCUGAUUCCCCGGUGCCUCCGCGGGCUUACAUCCACCCGGACUCUCUGGCCUCAGGAGACACCUGGAUGAGGCAGGUAGUCAGUUUCGACAAGCUCAAACUCACCAACAACGAGCUGGACGACCAGGGACACGUCAUCCUCCACUCCAUGCACAAGUAUCAGCCUCGUGUUCAUGUCAUUAGGAAGGACUUCAGCAGCGAACUGUCUCCCAACAAACCAGUGCCGAGCGGUGAAGGAGUAAAGACCUUCAGCUUCCCUGAGACCGUCUUCACCACCGUCACCGCCUACCAGAACCAACAGAUCACCAGACUAAAGAUCGACCGCAACCCGUUUGCCAAAGGAUUCCGGGACUCUGGCAGAAACAGGACUGGCCUGGAGGCGAUCAUGGAGACCUAUGCUUUCUGGAGACCUCCUGUGAGGACCCUCACCUUUGAAGACUUCACCCAUAUGCAGAAACAGCAAGGUGGAAGCACAGGCACUUCUCCUACCACCUCCAGCACGGGAACCCCCUCCCCUUCUGGUGCGGCACACCUCCUGUCUCCCUCCUGUUCCCCUCCAACCUUCCACCUUUCCCCCAACACCUUUAAUGUGGGCUGCAGGGAAAGUCAGCUCUGCAACCUGGGCCUAUCCGAGUACCCGGCCUGCGCUCGCAGCAACAUGGCAGCCCUGCAGGGCUAUGGCGGUCUGGCCGACAGUUCUUACGGACGCCUCCAGGCUGCAGGGGGCUCUGUGGCCUCUGCUCAGCCCUCUGAAUCCUUCCUGCCACAGAGGACUUCCUCCUUGAUUGCUGCUGGCAUGCAGGGCAGCGCUCAUGCCUCCCUGACCGGCGGCGGUAGUGGCAGCGGCACUGGAGGCAAGAUGGAUGCCUACAGCGGUCAACUCGGAUCCUUCCCAGCCUCGCAGCUUCAGUACGUGAUGCAGGCCGGAGGUAGCUCCAGCUCUGCCUCAUCUUCUUCAUCCGGAUCCUCCCCUUCCUCCGCCCACAUGUUCAGCGGGAGCCACCACCACGUGCAGCAGGGCUCCUACAACGCUUUCUCCCUGCACAACCCUUACAACCUGUACGGAUACAACUUCCCCACCUCUCCUCGCUUGGCCGCCAGCCCUGAGAAGCCCCAGGGAGGUUUGCUUUGCUCCUCGUCUCCUGCCGGGGCCUUCGCUGAACGCCAGUACCUGUCCAAUGGAAGCAUGGACACUAUGCACAUGAUCGGCAACACCACCAGUGGCCAGCAGGGCAGCAGCUCCUGUGAUGGACGUCAAUAUGGCUCCUCCUCUCAGAUGUCCAUGCACAUGGUGUAGAAACUGGGAUCACAGUCCUACAUGUUUCUAAAGUUUUUCAGCUGAAAAGCAAAUUUCUAAUUUCUGAACCCGGUUUGGUGUUGAUGUUGAACCGGUGUUUUUACAUGAAGCGUUAAUGUACUGAGGUACAAAACAAACCUUUCAGAAAAGGAUAUCAUCUCAUGUUUUUGUUUUUGAAGACACUCCACCACUUACAAAGCAUUAUAGAGGGAGUAAAAACUAUUAUUUAAUUAUCUUUGUAUUAAUAAAGUGAAAAUUGGGACAGCAACCUAACUCUCUUACUGUUUCUGACAGGAAAGAAACAACAAACUCACAUUGUAAUAAGAAGGAGAGGUAGGAGGCCACAUGCUCUGGUUCAGAAGGGAUUAUCAGUUGUGAAGCUGUUAUGGUGCAAUAGUAGCAACACUCUUUUCAAGUGACUCAUUCUUGAUUUUUUUGGGACUCAAAGGCCAUCCUGUCAUGACAUCAAGUAACCAAAGAAUCUUCACUGUGAUCCAGAAGUUUUUACUUCACGCAGCACUUGUGCCAUAUCGUUUUAGAAAUGUCAAGGGGUCAGUGGUUCGCCGUCAUGGUCUGGAAUGAAAGAGACAACUGGACAAGAUUACUGAAUGACUCACUGCUCCACAUACAUGCAGGAGAUGAGGUAUCUGGACGCUGUGGUGGCCAGAUGAUGUGCCAAACAGGGUGAACACGCGGACGUAGUUAAGUCAAAGAACUGUACGUUGGGUUAACUGAGGAAAUCAGUCUUCAUCCUAAAAACUCCCAGCAGGUGUACAUGAGAGUUCAGGACUCCACCACACAACUUCAUCAACCUGUUAUCCUCAUAGACUGGAAUGGCUUCACUAUUUUUGAGUGGAUUAUGUUUUUAAGCAUACAUAUAAGAUGGCGAAUGCAAUCAAUAACAUAAGCUUAAAAGUUGUUGUGUGAAAAGUUAUAAAAGAAGAAAUAGCAAAACAGAUUAAUUAAAGUAUGUUUUGGUGUGUUGUAGAGAUGUGUAUUUAAGUGCUGAGCAAUAUAGCAAUUUUACAGGCCAAUCUGUUAUAAAAAUGUGUGAAAAAAGGGAAAUAGCAAAGUAAUUCUUUUUUGAGGCAUUUUUAAAAAAUGUAAAUACAGGUGCCAAGCACGUAAAAAGCUCAAUAAACGUUUUAAUUCAUGUA